AUGUUCCGAUCCGCUCUCAUCCGGUCUCUUCGAACCGUCUCCAUACCUCGUGCCGUGAGGAACUCUUCGACCGUCCGUCAACUCCCCAGAGCCUCUGCCAUUGUUCGGCAAUCCCAAUUCGCUCCGUGCAUCCCCUAUCAGGCUAUCCGAUCGUACUCUGCGCCAGCCGGCCUUAACCAGUCAGAGGUUGAGGGAAGAAUAAUCGACCUGCUUAGGAACUUUGACAAGAUUACUCCCACUUCGCACUUCACAAACGACCUUGGACUGGACAGCUUGGACACCGUUGAGGUUGUGAUGGCUAUUGAAGAGGAAUUCAGCAUUGAAAUCCCAGACAAGGAGGCAGACGCGAUCCACAGCAUCGAUCAAGCUGUUCAGUAUAUCCUUUCCCAGCCCGAUGGUUUGUAA